ACCAGUCUACCUUUCCGGUUUCUCUCGGCGGUGCAGGUCACUCCCUCCGUGCUGACAGCAGCUCUCUACGCGGUUCAAACCAACUUACAGUCUUACUCCACUCGUCUUCCCCUGCCGCUUACUUCCUUUGUUUUUUGGAGUUUUAAGCGAAAAAAAAGCUGUAGUAACACGUUAUAAAGCCUUUGAGUUGUUGCAGUCUGCCGGGAGGAAUUUUCGUGUUUCUUCGCUUUGAGUUGAAAAGCAGCGGGGGGAAAUGUCCAGCUGAGGACUGGAAAUCCUGAAAACUACAGGGCCUGUGUUUGUAAUGAUAGAUCAAUGCUUCGACAAUGGCGCUAAAGGCACAAGUUUUAUAUGAUUUUACUGCUGAGCCUGGAAACAAUGAGUUGACAGUGAAAGAAGGCGAAACAGUCACUAUCACUAAUCAGAGCAUUGGAGGUGGCUGGAUUGAAGCACAGAACUCCAGAGGAGAAGUUGGGCUGGUGCCGGAGGACUACAUCGAGUUCAGUAAGCCAUCAUUUCCAUCGAUCCCAGCAGCAGCACCCUCAGCACCUGCCCCAAGUUUUGGAAAUGUUGCAGCUCCAGAUCUGUCCAUCUUUGAUGCCUACGCUCCCCCAUCUGCACCUGCACAAAACCAGGUUGAAGCUGUGGGCUUAAGUCCCCAGCCGGACACCCCCGACACCCCAGUUUCCCCCUACCUUUCAUCCCCUGAUGAGGCAAGUAACGGUAAUGAUCCCUGGUCGGUGUGGAACGCUGACCCCUCAGGUGGGUCCAACAACAACUGGGCGUCAAAUCCAGAGGGCACCCAGACUGGGAAAGGUGGUGCUGACCCCUGGGGUGCAGUAUCACAGGGUCAUCCUCAGGCUUACCAGGGCCCAGGAGCAGAAGACGAUGAGUGGGAUGAUGAUUGGGAUGACAUGAAGUCAAGUGGAGGUUAUGCUGAGUCAGAAUCAGGAGAAAGCGGAGCGAUACAGAGAGGAGGAGCCCACGGAUCCUCAAUGAAAAUCUCCCUCAAUAACAGGUUCCCGGGUUUCUCCAAGUCCGGUCCGGAGCUUUACCUCCUAUGCAAGCAGCUUGCGAAGAGCAAAGACAAGCUACCAGUCUAUAUGGGAGAAGUUGGUCCUGUGUGGUCGUACCCUGAGAGUCAGCUCGACUGUGUGGUUGCUGAUCCCAAGAAAGGUUCAAAGAUGUAUGGCCUUAAGAGCUACAUAGAGUACCAAAUCACACCUAGUUCCACAAACCGACCUGUCAAUCACAGAUACAAGCACUUUGAUUGGCUGUAUGAGCGGCUACUAGACAAAUUUGGGUCAGCGAUCCCCAUCCCCUCUUUACCAGACAAGCAGGUGACAGGCCGAUUUGAGGAAGAGUUUAUAAAGAUGCGUAUGGAGCGGUUGCAGGGUUGGAUGACUAGGAUGUGCAGGCACCCUGUUGUUUCCAGCAGUGAAGUUUUCCAGACUUUUCUCACCUACAGAGAUGAAAAGGACUGGAAGAUGGGUAAGAGAAAAGCAGAGAAGGACGAGAUAGUUGGGGUCAUGAUUUUUUCCACAAUAGAACCUGAAGCCCCAGACAUGGAACUUUUGGAGGUGGAACAGAAAUGUGAGCAGUUCAGUAAGUUUACCAAAUCCAUGGACGAUGGUGUGAAGGAAAUCCUCACUGUGGGCCACGAGCACUGGAAGAGAUGUACAGGCCCUUUGCCAAAAGAGUACCAGAGGAUUGGAAAAGCCUUCCAAAACCUCUCAUCUGUUUUCACCAGCAGUGGUUACCAAGGUGAGUCGACUCUGACUGACGCCAUGACAGCAGCAGGAAAGACCUAUGAGGAGAUAGCUCAGAUGGUAGCAGAGCAGCCCAAAAAAGACCUCCACUUCCUCAUGGAGACAAACAAUGAAUACAAGGGUCUGCUGGGAUGCUUCCCAGACACCAUCGGAGUUCAUAAGGCAGCCAUAGACAAGGUGAAGGAGGCCGACAAGCUGGUAGGUGCCGGUAAAAUAACCUCUCAGGACAAAGUGACCAUGGCUAAACGAGUCAGCACCAUGUCUUAUGCUUUACAAGCUGAGAUGAACCACUUCCAUAGCAACCGUAUCUAUGACUACAACAGGGUCAUGCAGCAGUACCUGGAGGAGCAAGUCAAGUUUUAUGAGACGAUCGCUGAAAAACUGAGACAAGCACACAGUCAGUUCACUACAAUGUGAAAGCAACUGCCUUCAGUCUCCACUACAAGAGAAGAGUGAAAAAACAGCUCUACAUCCAAACUAUUUGUUGCUUACUCUGCAUUCUGCUCCCUUUCUUUAAAUUAAAUUUCACUUCUUCUUUUCCCUCACUCUUACCUCAUCUCUUCCUCUGCUGUGUGCACCAACAGCCCCAGCUCCUGGCGUUACAUUCAGCUGCUGUUCUCAGAUGUUUAAGGACGGUUAGGGAGCAGGUGCAGCAGCUUUGACACCGCAGUUCUUUGUGGUAGGAAGGAUCAGAAAUGGAGCAAGACUCACUAAAGAGACAUGCUUCAGGUUUGUAGCUUGUAAAAGUCACAGUAGAGGGAUGCCGGUCAAACCCCUAAUUCAGCCAAAAGUGGGGAAAAUCCUCAUCAUGUGCAGCUGCGGGUGCAAACAUCUAUGGGCAUACAAUUUAUCUAUGCAAUAUUGGCCAUUAUUCACCUGUUUCUUUGUUUAAAAUGAAGGAAGGAAAUCUUUUCCACAUCAAGGAAAAAAAAUAACCCAAAAAAACCAAAGCCUUGAGGUUGAUUUUUAAAUGCAGCAUUUACAAAAGUCAAAGCUUUAUCGUCCAUAUGUCUUUUUUUAGACCACCAGUAGGUUUCUUUUGAUUAUUUUUGUCCCUUAAUAGUACCGUUAGACUCCAGACAUCUUCUCUUUAAAGUAUGGGAAGUGUUUGUGUCUGCUGGUAGUUCUUACCCCCUUCUUUCUUUCUGAACUUCCUCAAAAGCUAACAGGAAGCUCCACCUUCUUCCUGUCUUGUCCAUGUGCCUUAUCCCUUUGAGGAAAAUGAAAAAUGGUUGACUUAGUUUUUGCCACCCCCAGCCUGUGUACCAUGACACUGCAGUUUACAUUAAAGAGGACAAAAUAUUGGAUACUGAAGCUGGGGCUCAAUAUUUGAAGUGUCUAAAGAAAAUCAUUGCCAAACAUGAUUUUUUUUUUUCUUGCCUGUUCUCCUGUAGAAUAUUUACUUUGUUCGACCAGGUGAUGGUGUUUUAUAUGAAGGUGCAGCAGCAAUGUUAAACACAAGAAAUUAUGCUAUAAAAAGUUCAGGGUGUAGACAUGGAUUAUGUCAUAUGCAGUUUUAUUUUUGCUUUUCACUGCCCACUUUUCAAUCAGUCUCUAAUCUUAUACACCCUCUGUUUUCUUAUCACUUGAUGCAUAAAAAAUAUACAUUUAUAUAUAAAUAUAUAUUCUAUCCGAGCUACCAGGUGCUUCUUGUCUCUGAGAUACUAUUUUAUGUAUAGAAGUAUUUGCAAUACAUUGUAACUCAAAAAGGAGCAAAAUUUCUGUUUGAUUUAUUAAACAAUGAUUUGUAA